AUGGUCGCGUUCAAGAAAUACCUCUCUUCUGUUCUACUCGCAGUUUUGUACGCCUCCUAUGGGGACGCUGCCCCUUGGCCCACAAAUGCCAAACACGCUACGCACUCAGUGAGGACCGUUGGGAGUGGCGUUCAGAUCAAUGUUUUCCACCCCAAAGCCGAUUACAAGACCUUUGGAGCCGGUGUUGACGUUCCGCCAUCGUUUGUCGAACUAGGAAUCGAAGACAAGACUGUACAAACUGUUUCCUCCCAGUUGAACCUCGAUUCCACGAAGGUGGCCUUUAAGUCCGGAUAUACCCAGGAAGGUCAAUCCUUCGGUUAUGCCAGGCAAUCGCACGACGGCGUACCGUUCGUCAAUGCCGUCGCCAACGUUGCUUUCAAGGAUAACAGGCUCGUCGCAUUUGGUCAAUCCUUUGUCGACACUAGCAAGAUUGCUGACUCUAAGCCCACUGUCGAUGUCAACACUGUUAUCCCAAAGGUUGAAGACCAAUUACAGGGUAAAAUCAACGAGAUCAAGCCCUCUGUUGAGUACCUUGCUCUUCAGGACGGCACGGUUUCUUUGGUCCAUGUAUUUCAAGUUCAAAAUCUCGAAGCCGGAACUUGGUAUGAGGCGUACGUCGAUGCGCACUCGGGUGAACUUGUUUCAGUCACUGACUUUAGAUCUGACGGCUCCUAUCGAGUUUUACCCAUUUUCAAGAAGGUGAUCACUCAGGGUCUCGAACUUCUUACCGACCCGCAGAACCCUGCGUCUUCCCCUGAUGGAUGGCACAGCGAUGGUACGACUACCACCACCGACACUUUUGGCAACAAUGUCGUCGCCUUCAAGGGAGGCGUAACGAACACUACUUCCCAGUCAAGCGACGGACUGGUCUUUGAUUACACCUAUGACACCACCAAGGAACCCACCGAUAGUCCAAAUGUUGAUGCGGCUCGAACCAAUGCUUUCUACCUCAUCAACUCAUACCACGACACCUUGUACCAGUACGGAUUCACCGAACAGGCGUUCAACUUCCAGAAUAACAAUUUCGACAAGGGAGGUCUUGGUAAUGACCGUGUUAAUAUCAGUGUGCAGGAUUCGAGUGGCACGGACAACGCCAACUUCUUCACUCCCCCCGACGGUCAGUCCGGUUUAUGCAGGAUGUACAUUUGGGACCUCACGGCCCCGAAACGCGACGGUUCCCUUGAGAACGAUAUCCCUCUUCACGAGAUGACCCAUGGCUUGACGAACAGAAUGACUGGCGGUGGGACCGCUCGCUGCUUGCAGACCGUCGAAUCGGGCGGUAUGGGUGAAGGAUGGUCUGAUGCUCUUGCAGAUUGGUUCGCUCACUCUGCCUCUGCUGAGAUCACUGACAUGACCAUGGGUCCCUAUGUUGCCAAUAACCCUGCCGGUAUCCGUACACACCCCUACUCUACUUCCGUGGACGUCAACCCACUCCGUUACUCGGAUGUGGCUACUCGGGACGAGGUCCAUGACAUCGGAGAGGUAAGUGCCUGA